UGCAUUGUAUUUAAAUCUCAGAAUUAUCUAUGUAUUAUAAAAUACAAUAUUUCUGUUAUACUUGAAAAUAGGCACAGCUGUUUGAAUAAUGACUGGGACACAACCGUCACUGGUUAUGGGGUCGACUUGCAGCUGUGAGGGGUUUUUUUUUUUUUCCUAUGGUGGGGGGUUCAUGGCACGCGACAACACUGCAUCCCUCAAUCACCCCCAUAACAUUCACUCGCAUUCUACGUUUUAUUAACGGUCAGUUCAGAUUCAUUUACAGUGUGUUACUCUAGUCAUAUUUUAUUCUUCAUUUUCUUUGUUGUAAAUUACUUUUUCAUAAAUUACAACAAUUAGAAAAUAAAUUUUUUUUUUUAAUUUGUAACGUUAAAAAGUGUAAAAUCAUUGUGCGAGAAAUAUUUUUGAAAAAUAAUUAUAUUAAUAAUUCGCGUUGUUCGUGAAAAAUUGCACUUUAGGAUUAUAAAUAUUAUCAAAAUAGAAAAAAUUGUGAGAAAAAUAUUUUAGUGAGUUUUAUUAUAGGUUCAUGAAUAAAUAUAAAACAAAAAAUGAAGAGAUCUUCGUCUGCUCCUUGUUUAGCGGAAGAAACAUCUAACGAUUCAAAAAGAAUAAAAACGGAAAAUAAUUCAAAUGGUCCAAAUACUCGGGAAUAUCUUCAAUUGGCACUUGCCAAAGUUCUUGAAUUACAAAGACAAAUUAAAGAAGACACCUAUGAUAACACCAGUGAUUUAGGUGAUUCGGAUAAUGAAGAAGAAGUUUUCAAAGAAGUUGUGAUAAAAGUUUUUAAGGAUCUUCCAGGUACAUCGAAAAGUGUGAAUUCAAUGAUAGAAAAUGCCAUUAAAGCACGACAUCCAGAACUCGAUGCAAUUCAAAGUAAAAGCAUUCAGUUAAGCGGAUAUGAUACAUGUCGACGAGUGGCAGUCGAUUUUAUGAAAAAUGUUGUCAAAUACACGCCCAAGAUUGAAAACAACACAAGAUCAUUUCAUCGUGCUAUUUAUUCUGAUGUCAAAACAGUUAAUUAUAAAAGAGAAUUUAUUGAAAAUAGAAAUUCUAAUCAAUUUAUAACAAAUCAAAGGCAAGAAACAAUAUCUUCUGAUUAUGAAAUAAAAUCGAGAAUGCUUAAAAGUUUAGAUCUUCAUCUUGCUAUUAAACAAAGAGAUUAUACAGCCAGAUUAAUGAGGCACUAAACAAUUUAUUUUUUUUAUAUUCUAGUCUUCAAAAUUUUUGAAAAUUAUAGUAUUUUUAAUUGUUUCGAUUUUAGAUACUGAAAUUUUUUCAUUUUUAACAAAAAAAUUAGAAAAAAAAUUUUUUGUUACUAAAAAAAAAUUCAAAUUACAUUUUUCUAGUCAACAAUGUUUUUCACAUCUAGUCACAUACUGAAAUAAUUAUUUAUUUAUUAUAUAAAAAUUUGUAUUUAUUAAAUCGCUAUAAUAAAAU